AUGGCGGACAGUGGAGAGCAUUGCGAUACACCARCAAUAAAUCCAAAUUACUUCGGCCAUCUGUCUUCAUUUACAAUAUAUUUUACACAGGGAAUAGAGAUAUUAGAGUACUACACUAAGGUUCCAUUUUACCAUGUAAUAUUUGAAACAAUCCUUGUGCUGUGGAUAUUGUGGCUACUGGUAUCAAAGAGUUAUAGAUUCAGAGAGCAAUCCUUAGAGCUCAGUAAAAAGGAAGAAGAUGAAUUGAUUGAAGAAUGGCAACCAGAACCCCUUGUCCCAGAACAGCCUGACUUUCCCCCCGAUAUACUGGAGUCAAAAAUUAUCAGUGGCAAACCCGGUCAUAAGUUAAAUAUUGAUGGUAAAGUUUGCCUUAACUUGGCAACAUUCAACUUCUUGGGAUUUGUUGGAAAUAAAGAAAUAGAGAGUUCAGCGAUACAGACACUGCACAAAUAUGGUGUUGGUUCUUGUGGUCCAAGAGGAUUCUAUGGAACCAUAGAUGUACAUUUGAAUUUAGAGGARAGACUGGCAAAGUUUAUGAAUACUGAAGAAGCAAUAUUAUAUUCAUAUGGGUUUUCAACAGUGGCCAGUGCUAUCCCUGCAUACUCCAAGAGGGGUGAUGUCAUAUUCUGUGACAAGGGAGUUUGCUUUGCAAUCCAAAAAGGAGUAGAAGCAUCUAGAAGUAGAGUCAUGUGGUUUGAYCACAAUGACAUGAAUGAUCUUGAAAGAUUACUGAAAGAACAACAGGAGAAAGAUCGCAAGAAUCCCAAGAAAGCAAAAGUCACCAGAAGAUUUCUUGUAGUGGAAGCUCUGUACAUAAAUGAUGGUUCUCUUGCUCCUCUACCAAGACUGAUUGAGCUUAAGAAUAAGUAUAAAGUGAGAUUGUUCAUUGAUGAAAGCUGCUCAUUUGGAGUUCUUGGCAGCACAGGCAGAGGGAUAACUGAGCAUUUUAACAUACCUGUAACUGAUGUUGACUUAAUUAGUGUUUCYAUGGAAAACUCYCUAGCAACCAUUGGUGGUUUUUGCUGUGGAACUUCAUUUGUAGUUGACCACCAGCGAUUGUCAGGUGCUGGAUAUUGCUUUUCUGCUUCCCUUCCACCAAUGCUUGCAACAGCAGCCAUCAAUGCACUGGACAUCAUUGAACAAAAUACUGAGAUGUUUCACGAUCUUCAAAGAAAAGCAGUGCAAUUUCGAGAAGAGCUUAAAGGAUUGCAAGGGCUUAUUGUCUGUGGAGAAGAAAUCUCCCCAGUGAUCCACUUACGACUGUUAGAAAACUUUGAAAAUGUGGAAAURGCAGARGACAUYCUUAAACAGAUUGUCAAUUUGGCUUAUGAUGAAAACAUUGCAGUGACUAUUGCUAGAUAUCUUAGAAACCAAGAAAAAUUUCCACCACAGCCAAGUAUUCGUGUUACUAUCAAUGUUCAAUUAACUGAGGAUGAGAUCCAUCAAGCUGCUGUAGUAAUCAAGGAAGCAGCACAGAAAGUGUUAAACUGAGUGUUAUUUUGACAWUGGUUCCUCCCAGAAGAGGAAUUACAUCACUGACAACAAAACACCAUAAAAACAUUGUCUUGAGAGCAGUGAAAGUUUGCCACCUUAGAGUUCUGGUGCAAGGUUGACAAUGAGACUUUCUAACAAUCAAUCAUUAUUGCAAGUUUGGCCAAAGUGUGUGUAAAGUAGACUUUGGUACUCUGCGAACAGUGUUAUUUACCUUACCUUCAGUAACAAAAUUACAAAGGAAAUAUUUCCCUCACAAAAUUUUUUACUGAGGUAAAGUAAAUAAAACUCUGUUCACAGGGAAAGACUAUGAAUGUAUGAUUUUAUAUUCAAUCAGACACACAACUUGUAACACAAAAAUGUACAGAUAUUAAAACAAUAGCCAAUCAUAAAUUAUAAUCCCAACUUGCAAGAAAUGAUAGGAUUGCUGAGUGAAACAWUGUACUAAAAAUAUGUUGUUAUAACAUGAAUAAAAAAAAAAACAAGCUCCUGAAUGAAUUAUUUUAUCUUUUAUCGAUUUCUCUUUGCAAUUUUUAAUUCAUGAUAAUUCUUCUUUUUUUUGUACAUUCAACUAUGUUGUGUGACUCAAUAAGUGUACUUUAGGAAAAUCAUACAGGCAUUACGAAAAGUCAAACAAUGAUUAUAUUAUAAAGAAUAUAAUUUUAAUAACAGCAAUAUCAUUAAAAAAUACUGUAAAUAUUC